CCACAUCUUAUCUUUUCCAUCCUUUGCAUCAGCGUCGUACGACUCUCUCGGCCUCCCCUUUCUUCCUUCCACCGCCCAAACCCUAGAUCGGCGCCGCCGCCGCCACGCAGGGCCGGCCAGCACCGUGUGGGGGAGCGUCCGGCCGCCGCCGGGGUGCCUUGGAGAUCGAUCUCCUCGCCGCCGACGACAGCUUUUCUUCGCCGGAUGCGUUCCGUGGCGGUUAUCAGGACUCUUUUUCUCUCGAGAUAGAGAGGAAAAGCUCCCUCUCGAUCUGCUGUUGGAUCGGAAGAACAGCAGAGAGAGAGAAAGCUUAGCGGGAUGAUGGUGCAGAUCGCGUGGAUCUGUCGCCGGGAGGUGACCUGGAUCGGUGUCGUGCUCUCGCCGUGUGGGUGAGAUUCACCGGCGCCGGUGCCUCGGAUCCUCUUCGGCGGCGGCGUUGGGCCUCCGAUGCGCGAAGACCUGGGGCUCUGAGGUCAUGAGGAGGACUUUAUUUUGGGGAGAGGAUUUGAUGAGCAUGGAGGAUGUGCAGUGCUCCAAGUCGGAAAGCUUUUUUUUUUACCAUUACUGCUGCCGAGGAAGCUCAAUCUCUGUCGGGAUGGUAAUUACGGAAGGGGUUAUCUUAGUAUGGUGUGGUUUAUGAAAUUCAGAGAUCGGUUAUCUUAUUAUGGUGUGGUUUAUAAAGUCAGAGAUCCAUAAUUUCGUCGCUUCAGGAGGAUAAAGGAACACACAUCGUUUUGGGUGUCCGGUACCAAAUAUUGUUCAUUUCACCCUCUGGGUUGUCUUUCAAAAGGUGUCAGAGUGAUGGUUUUUUUUUUCCUUCUUCAAUCACUGGUGAUAUAUAGUUUUGCAAACUGAGCUAAAAUGCACGGCCAUUCCAAUAUUCCAAUUGUUCUGUAUUUAUGUGGACUCACACGAGGAUUUUGAAAGACUUCUACUAUUGUGGAUUAACACGAGGAUUUUGAAAGAUUGUUACUAUGCGGAUUCACAUGAGGAUUUUUAAAAGACCGUUCAUUUUAGAGGUUGGAAAAUGUUUUACGUUCAUGUUCAUCCGGCUUCCUCUUGAUAUGGCCGGUAACCACAAUGGAGAUCGUCCAAUCAUCGUGGAAUCCCUGAGAGGUAUGCAAUGAUAAGGUGUGUCUGCUAUCUCAUUUGAACUUUAAUUAGAUUGACGUAUGUGCUUUUCUGCUAACAUUGAGAGUAUAAAAACCUAAUAAAUUUACAUCACAAAUACAAACAACUCUUAUUGUAAAAGUUAUAUCAAGUGAUCGCAUUACUCUUGGUGAAGGUCUUGUAUGCAACACAUUGUCCACAAAGACCAUGGUGCAGUUCGAGUUUUCAUGCACAAAAUGUAGACAACAACAUAAACAAUUGAUAAGCAUGAUAAUAUUAAUUCGUACUAUUCUACAUUUGAUAAUACACCACAAACAACUUUAUCACAUACUUACAAGAUGAUAAACUUGUUGUCUCAUGGUAUAGUAAACUUUUGCAUGCAAAACAACCUUUUGAUAUGUCACAAUAACUGAACAUUUAGUACAGAACUAAUAGAUAAAAUCACAAGUGUAUCUCAGUGUGGGGACAAGAACAAAAUUACCCCAAAUAAUAUCUUUACCUUAAUAAAAUUGCCGCAAAUAAUACCUUAAAUUGAACAAAAUUGCCCCAAGAAAUAGCUAUGCUAGAGAUAUAUAGCGUUUGUAUGCAGUCAAAUCACAGAACUUCAUUUACAUGAAUAAGAUUGUAAAUCAUGAUAGCUAUUCGAAUAACGUCUCAUUUCCCUUAUACUAGAACGACUUUCAAUUUUAUCGUAGAUAAAGAAAGAGCCAUUUUAUAUUACAAUAGUAAAAGUCUAUGUAAAAGUCUCCAUGCAUGUAGUAACACUUAUUCCUGGCAUUUCGAGUAUCAUUUCUGUCCUACCUGCAAUAAUUAAACAAGUCACAAAUUAAUGGUUUGCAUAUUCAAAUAUUUAGCAUGUAAGGAGCUAUAGAAAACAGAUAACAUGUAUUACGCAAAAUCUACAAUCAACCAUAAACUGUAAUUUUAAUAUAAAGAGAAUGCAAAAAAAUUCGUUUAAAGUGUUCCAGAAAUUGGCCCUAAGCACGGGGUUAGCGCUAUGAUUUGACACAACUCAGCCUGUUAGGCGGGAGGGCCUGCCUAGCUGGUCCAAGGCAGUCAACAUCGGUGCCUAGGCGGUAUGGAGAAGAUGGCAUCAAGGCAUUGCCGCAAGUGCCUAGGCGAUAUGGCGGAUGACAAUGCAACUAGGCGGUGGCCAGGUGUGAUAUAGAAUCAGAUCUUCGAGCUCACCUGCACCUGUGACCCAAAUCAGAGGUGGCUAGGGAAUCAUUGAGCACACGGCAAGCUCACCUGCACCCGUGACCCAAAUCAGAGGGAAUCAUUGAGCACACGGCAACUUGAUCUGCGCCGGUGGGGUUCGCCUCUGCCCAUAUCUUCUCCCCGGAGGUCUGCACCUCCCUUCUCUUCGAGCAUUAGCAGGCAGCAGCAGCAGUGAUCAAAGGAAUCCACAGUCGAGCAAGCAACAUUGCUGACACUGGUGGAUUGAGCAAGAGCAUGUGAUUUCAAAGAAAUAUCAAGCUCGGCACUGGUCUGAUCAGUCAAAACAACACAUCUUUAUUUCUGCAUCAGAAAUGGCUGCUGUAUUCAAAGAAUCCCAGUAUGGUACAUAUUUGGAGGCCAAUCUAAGUAGUUCGUGUGGUAAUAAAGAUUCUCCUCAGGUUCUUCCCAGGUUGCUUUUGUUGGGAUCAUUACAUCCACACUGUUUCUCCGGACAAGAUUACAUCCUGUUGAUGAACAAAAUGGGAAUCUUUAUCUGGCAUGAAUAUUUCUCGACUUCCAGUGUUCUAUAAACAGGGAGACAAUUUCUUUCAUCCUGCAUGGGCUCUCACUUCCAAAUUGGAUACUAAGAUUUCCAUAUUCCUUUAUUGAAGCUGUUGUAUGGUCAUGUGUUGUAUACUACACGGUAGGCUUUGCACCAAUGGUUGACAGGUAUACCCAGGACAUGUACCCUUUUGAUCAAUAUGCCUAACUAGCUACAUCUUUUGUAUUUGUUCAUGUUGAUCUAACAUACCAUGUGCAGAUUCUUUUGUUUCAUGUUGCUGUUAUUCUCUAUACAUCAAAUGGCAUUGGGCCUUUUCAGGAUAAUGGGAGCUAUUGCACGAGACAUGACCAUGGCAAUGUAACCUUUUCAGCCACUCACCAUGAAGUUCCACAAUGUGAACUAUUAUGUCAAUUUGCCAAAGGAAAUGCAAGCAAAAGUUAUUCCUGAGAAAAGACUACAGUUGCUGUGUGAAGUGUGAGUACAACUCCAUCACAAGUGUGAGUUCAACUGACAACUGAGCUCUCUGUAUUGUCGACCCUAAUUCCUUUCUCCCAACCACUAGGGCCAAAAUUUUGUGAACACUCUACUGUAGAUUGUUGAGCCAACUGGUGUGUUUACUACUCGAGUGUGAUUUCUAUUUAUACAUCAUUUCACCUACAUCAGUAUUAUUUUGCAGAGAAUCCACUGAAGAGAUAUAUUGUGCACAAUCAGUAACUCGCAACUCCAAUUGUGUUAAACUGCUAAUCACAAUUAACAACAACAAGCUAGAUGGCUCUCGAGGCGUUACCUGUAGAUCUAGAUGCUCUCUGGUCGGGGCCUUCCUGUUGACCUACGGCUCGUUGGCGGCCUCCUUCGCUGCCUCCGCCGCCAUUCGGCCGGCCGCCACCUCCUUCCGCUUGGCGAGGCAUCUCUGCGUAUGCUCGUUCUCCCUUGUGGUAGAUCCUUUGUAGAAUCUUCCGCAGGAGCACUGAAAGCUGUCCUCCGCAGCCUUCUGCCCUGCCUUGUCCUUGCGGUCGCUGGCGGCCUGCGCCUUCCACGCUCUGGUGGUCUUCGCCAUCGGAGCCGGAGGGGGACGGGGUCGUCGGCGGUGGCGGUGGCGGCGGAAGAUUAGAGCUUAGGGAGGGGACAGGAGGAGGAGGCGGCGGCGGAAGGGAGGGCAGUGGACAGGGGACGCGAGAUCGCUUCGUUGUUUUGUGGGCCGGCAGUACUAGGCCUGCUAAUGGGCUGACAUAUAACCUAAAUCCAACCCACCCGAAGUUCACCACAGUUUUACGCCAGUCUAUCUAAGGUCCCCUAACUAUAAUACCAGAAAUGUAAAAAACAUCAAAAAAAAAAAAAAUCUCGAGACAGUAUAGAUGCCUAAUUUUGCUGACAUGCCAUCCUAGUCAGAAAAAAAAUAAAUAUGCGAGGUCACAUGUAAGUGAGAGAAUGGUGUGGGCCAUGCAUCUCUCAUUUCGUUUCUUUCUUCUUUCUUUUCUUCUUCUCUUCUCGCCAGCGAUCUUUUUUUUCUCCUCUCGUCUGCAGAGGGGGUAGCGGCAACGAGCGGCUGGAGCAGGCGGGCGAGCGCGCAGUUAGUGGAGCGGAGCGGAACGGAAAAGAAGAGAAAAAGAUAAGAGGAAGAAAAAAUAAAAGAGAAAAAAAAAGGGUGGGAAAAAGUGGAGGGAUUGUUGGAGAAAUUCAUGAGGCUUCUUCUAUUGGAGGAGUUAUAUUGACGGUCGAAAUUGGUCUAUAACGGCCAUCAACACCUAGCAACGGCUAGUCGAUGUCACCAUCCUUGGACGAGUUGUCAUCUUCGCCCUGAAGUUCUCCUUGGCACCAAUCUCAACAUCCCAUGCUUCGGCCCGUAGCCCGUAGGUGCUGUCACUGGCGUCCACCACCCUAUUACCAGUUGUCCCCGAGCCGUCCCCACCCCCAUCCCACCUCGCGGCCAUGGCUGCGGCGGCAGCCACCACCACCUCAUUGUGCCUCUUUCACCAUUCACUUUGUUGUUUCCUUCAUCUCACCGCUCACCACACCGUUCCCCAUCGCCGAGGCCGCUCAGCUAGUAUCUCACCACCGUGGAUGCCUCACCUAAUUUGGGAGGACAUGCCAAUAACAUGGGAAAUAGAGAGGGAGGAGACUGAGAAUGUUAUGUAGGGCCUAUUUUUUGUUUUUCCACGCUAGCACGAGUACGGGACCAGGUCAAUUUAUCAUGUUAGCGAAAUCAACUAUCUAUACUACUUGAGGACCUAAUUUAAUCUUGUUUUGCAUCUUAGUGGGGCUAAGAUUUCUGAUACUGCGGUUUAGGGAUGCGAUUCAAACUUGACAACAAGAUGAGAGACCCAAAGUGAACCUAUUUUUCCACGAAUGCACACGUACGACGCGGUGAUUGUGAACAAGGCCGCAGCACGCUCCUUGCCGUCGGCGUGGAGGGAAGAAGAUGGAUGAUCGUGCAGCAGUGCGGCGCAACGAUCUCACGGUCGUGACUUGUGACUCAGUACGGUCCAGUCCAUUCUAUUCAACACAAAGCCCAAACUUCCCUCCCUCCAAAUUAAGCAUUUUUUUUUACGAUUGGUGAAUGGUUAUAAUGUAAUUACACUAUGAUUAUACUGUAGUUAUACUUGAAAAAAAUUGGAGGGAUUUUCUAUCGCAUGUUGGUUAGGUAGUCCCAAAAGUAUUUAUAUUGUACCGUGCAUCCACGUCGUUAUUCACAUAUUAUAUUUUUACCAUUGACAUAUACUUCCUCCGUUUCACAAUAUAAAUCAUUCUAGCAUUUCUCACAUUCAUAUUGAUGUUAAUGAAUCUAGACAUAUAUAUCUAUCUAGAUUCAUUAACAUUAAUAUGAAUGUGGGAAAUGCUAGAAUGACUUACAUUGUGAAACGGAGGAAGUAGUAUUUUUUGCGGCAACGUGUAGUUUUCAUAUAGUUUAUUUAUACAUAAGGGUAUAUGCAUGCGACGUCUUCCUUCUCAUUCUUUGUUUGGGGGUAGUGGAAAGUAUUUUGUUUUUACCAUUGACAUAAACUGAACCAUUGGAUACAAUCUUUUGUUUUUAUACACCCCCUGGUCAUUGGGAAAAAUAAAGAGAAAAUUAAUAUAGGAUCAAGAUGCGGGCAUCAAUAUUUGAGCUGCCACAUCAUCUACAAGAUCUGUACUGGGAUUGAUUGCAGCAGUAGUUCCACGCUCCAUACUGUAAACAUAUAGUCCUUUGUCUCUGUGCCUCGAAAAAUAAAUGCAGUUUUCCUGUAGGCAAGCUUCUUUUGCAUUGACCGAUGCUCCGUAGCCCUUCCUGGUAUUGAUAAUAAACGCCCUAUCACCAAGUGUGUCCACCUUCACCCAAGCUGUCGUUGGUAUGUCCAGCUUGUAAACAGAAAUCUCCACUGUUUUAUUAGAACAUGCUCCUGGAGGGUAGAAGUACAAGCAGAACAACUCCCCUCUUGAUUCUAACAAGUAGAUUUCCCUAAAGUUGUACACUGAAUUUUGUACCAGUGUAACAGCAACAAUAUCAAAUGUUGGAUUCGGGGAGAAAUCUAAUGUCACGACAGUGCUAAAAAACGCCGUGCAGAACUUGCCCCCCACUGCCGUCAUAAGAGACAUAGUUUUAAUGACAGUACCACGGUGACGGAAAAACCUCCUAGCCUGAUACUCAUGUUUAAACCACUGCAUUCCUCCAGGACGACAAUACCAAAACACUGUGUCAUGAAGGCUUAGGACGAGCACAACACAAUUUGAAUCAGUAGGCUUGUGUGAUAGCAAGCACCUUGUAUAAUUCUUUCUGAGAAAUCUAUCUUGAUCGAAGGGUAGAUUAAUUCUCUGAGAUGUGAAUCACAUGCGAGUCAAGAAGAUCGCAUGCGAGUCACGGUGCAACAUGAGCAGCCAACCUUGCGGUGUUAUCCAGUAAAAGAGGUCUUUCAAAUCAUCUAGUCCGCUGUUGGCUAGCAAUUGUUGGCUAGAUAUGCUGUAGAGGAGCAAGGUAUCAUUUACCUCAUUAGACUCCUCCUCAUCAUCGUUACUGUCGUCGUCGUCGCUUAUUCCAUCGUCAUCGGUUUCCUCUAUGGACUCAUCCUCAUCACUUGUCGCACUAAACUCGUCUUCGUCGCUCACCUCCUCAUCAUCACCACUUACCUCACCAUCCUCGUCAUCACUUUCUUCCACAUAUUGAUCAUAGUUGUUAUGAAACCAUAACACCGGAGCUAAUUUAGGAUCCAGUGAUGUUGGACCUUCGCUUUCUUUGAUCCCUAUCUGCAUUGUGAGUUAGCCAAUACGUGUACUAAGCUGCAUAAAAAAAAAUUGAAGUUUACUCGUGGAGGAUGGUAUAACGACAAGAAUAAAGGACCCUAAUAUAUAUAUUCGUAAAGGAAUAAAUCGCAUAGGGCUAUUCCCGCGUUUCAUGAUUAGUUGCAAAAAGUAUAUAUCUCCACUAUUAUAAAAAUUGAAGAUAUUUUUCUGGUACUUUGGUACGUUAUCCGUGUAUGAGUUGAUUUUUAAGUUCGUUCGCUUUUGCAAAUAUAGACCCGUAUUUGAGUUAGGUUUUAAGUUCGUUGGCUUUUAGAAAUACAGGAGUCAUACAAGAAAUAUCUUUAAAAAAACUCGCAUGCUAAUUUGAAAUGAUUGAACUACUAAUUACAGCUCAUGAUUUUCCAAAAAUAUAUAUAUCCAAGCGAUUCUCGAAUUUCACAAUAUAUAACAAUAUUAAUAUUAAAAUAGCCUUCGUCUGUUGCAACGCGUGAACAUUUUUCUAAUAUAUAUAAAUAUAAAUAUAUAUAUAAUAAUAUAUAAAUAUAAGUAAAAUGAAAAUUAAAUUAAAUACAUAUAUACGUACCUGUAUGCGUAACGAUCUACGGCUGCAAGCAACCAGGCAGGUACGGCAUACUGUGCGCCCCUUCCUUUAAAUACCCGUGAGGCCGUGAUGCACUGGAUCUGCGAAUCCGCCUCAGAUUCAGAUUAAUUCCCGCUAUCCACGCGUAUAUGGUAUCAGUACGUACGUAUUCCGACGCGAACACGCGUACGGACGUCGCGUCGUAUCCGGUGACCGAGCCCGACGCGAACACGCACGCACGGUCUCGCAACUUUAAAAUGUACGUUGUACGUACGUGACGCCCCCCAUGUACACACGAAUCAACCACCGAUCGAUCGAUGGAUCAAGAAGAAGAAGAAGAACGUACGCACGCGAUCAUGGAGGAACGGGACUGGUCGUCCCUCCCGCUCGACGUCCUCGCCGCGGUCCUGGAGCAGCUGCGGUGGUCGAGCCACCCGAGCUUCGCGCUGUCGUGCCGGCACUGGCGCUCCGCCGUGCCGCCCUUCUACCCGGCGUGGAUCACCCCGCUCCUGCUCAGCACCGCCCGCGUCGGCGCCGCGAACCUCCGCUACUACAGCCCCUACUACCACUACACCUUCGAGGUGGUGGUGGCCAGCUGCGACGACGACGUCGCCCGUGAUGCCAAGAUCUGUUGCGCCACCGGGCGGCACCUCGCGCUCGAGAAGCCGAGGCUAGCGCUCGAUGUCCACCUCGUGACCGGCGCUGUUCGUCAGGCUCCGCAUGCGGCGUACGCGGACCAUUUCGACUUCGUCGUCUACGGCGGCAGCGGCGCGCGGAGGAUGUUCGGGAUCGAUGCGGUUCUCCCGCUCGCGGUUGGCUACACCAGCCAGAUCGGCGACGGCGACGAGGGCGAGUGGGAGGACUGGACACUGACGGAGUAUGACGCUAAUGGGCCACGGCUAAGGCCAUCGCCCGUCACCAACCCGGUUUUCCAUCGCGGUUCGAUAUACCUUCUCGGCGAACAUGGGAGGUUGGCCGUGUAUGACCCAUGCAAGCACGCGGAAGGAUUUAAGAUUCUCGAUAAGCCCAUGAGCUUCGGGUUCGAACAGUACCACGACAGUUACCUGGUUGAGUCUGAUCAGGGCGAGCUUAUGGCCGUCCUCUUUGGUCGACGUGGGACACCGGUACAUGUCAUCGUGCUUAACAAGGAGAGGAUGGAGUGGGAGCAGGUGGAGAGUCUGCAGGGGCGAACGCUGUUCACGGGUACACUCACAUCCAUGGUGAAGAAGACCAAGUUCAAGUGGAUGCAAAACAGGGUGUUCCUCCCGAUGUUCUACAAAUGGCCUGAGACCAUCCAUGUCAACAUUAUCUCUCGCGAUGGCGAAUUAGCCUUUGUACCAAAAUCAUCAUCGUCCAACACAAAGUAUUCCACUAUGGGGGAUCACAGCAAUGGCACAUGCUGCGAAAAAUGUGCAGAUGUGUGGUCGUACAAAUUGGGACAGCAAGAAACUAGAGAAAACUGGGGAGCUGAGAGGGUGUACUAUGGUGUAUGGGUUGACCUUCAUUAGUAUCAAUUGAUCUACGUACCAAUUUAUAGAGUGCUCCCUCUAGAUUAAAAAUAAACGUUGUUUUGGAUAAGUACCCGGUUUCCAAAAGUUAUAACUUUUGCCACACAAACACACACACAUAUGUGUGUAUAUAUGAUAUUAUGAUUUUAUUGAAAUGUAUUUUAAGAUCAAUCUAUACAAAUGAUCUCAAUUUUCUAAAGCAAAUAUUUUAGAAUAUAUUUAUAGUCAAUUUUUUUUAAGUUUGAUAUAUUUUUUAAUCUGAAGGGAGCAUAUGCAUGUAUCUACGACUCUUUUUUAUUAAGUCAAGCGUAGCAGCUUAAACCUCAUCUUCAACAUCAAUACAGAAUUUUAGACCCAAAAAAAUUGGAGGCGGCAUUUUUUUUUAACUCAUUCAGCAGCAAUUCAGGCUCACAAAAUUUGCCUGAACAAACUCCUAGGCAAUCGCUUGCGGCUACAACCUUGCUGACCGCAU